UUAGACCACCAUCACCGACUAAAAUAUCCACAAAUGCAUUCCUUUUAUCACUUUUGGGUGAAAGUGAAAGUCGCUUAUCGCCCCAACGCGACACAGCUGGCCGUUUCGUAAUUUCGUUACGUCUGCAGGCGAAAGUUGAUUGAGGUUAUGUUUGUUGUGGGGCACCUGGGACUCGAUUUUGGGAACACAAAAUCGGCUUUGUGGCGCGAAAAUGACGACUCGCGAAUUAGCUAGAAAAAUAGGCGCCCUGGAAGUCAUUCGCGUCUCAAAAACCAACUCCAGUAAACAACCCUUUGACUUUUUGUUUGUCAUUGAUUUUGAGGCGACGUGCUGGGAGAGCGCAGACCGCAAAACCAAAUGUCCCGAAAUUAUCGAAUUCCCGGCAGUUUUAUAUGACGUUAAAAACGGUGAAAUUGUGGAUGAAUUCCAGGAGUAUGUAAUGCCUACAGAGAACCCCAAAUUGAGCGACUUUUGCACCCAAUUAACUGGAAUUCAGCAAAAUCAGGUCGACACUGGAGUGCCUUUAUCCACUUGUUUGUUCCUAUUUAUGAAGUGGGUCAACGAAAAAAAGAAAUUAUAUGGUAUGGAGUUCCCCAAUAGCGACGACAAGGCGGAAAAAACGUGUGCCUUUGCGACUUGGUCUGACUGGGAUUUAGGAAUAUGUUUUAAGAACGAAUGCAACAGAAAACGGCUCACUUAUGCUAAAAUUUUCCGCAAGUGGAUUGACAUUCGCCACUUAUAUAAAUUCUAUUUUAAGAAACCUUUCAACGGUCUCAGUGGCGCCCUCUCAGAAUUGGGUCUUACGUUUGAGGGUAAGGAACACUGUGGUCUGCACGACGCUAGAAACACGGCGAAACUCGUAGGACGAAUGAUUGACAAUGGCGCCAUCUUACAGCUAACUAGGUGUUAAUUCUAUUAGUUUUCAUAUGUUACAAAUUACUACAUAAACUGGUUCAUUGGA